AAUGCGAAUGCGAAAACCGCCGUUUCGCCGCCGCCGGUUAACCGUACCUGCCUGCCUAGGCCCAGAAGGGUUAAGGUUGACUUGAUCGUUUUAGUUUGAUUUUUUGUUUGUUGUUUAGUUUUAUAUAUAUAUUUUAAUAUAGGUACUUCGCUGAAUUUGAUAUUUCUGUGUCUGGCUGUCUGUUAAUAACUCCCAUAAAAUGAUCAAUAUACCAGACAACGUUCGUCAAGACAUAAUGAGAUUGGUGCCAUCAAGUAUUUUCAACGAAAUCAGCUGUUUUGUUUACUACGAUAAUCACCCAAGGGACGAUAAAUUCAUCGACAUUACGGUUUGUACAAAAAGUGGAGAAGUUAAAGAAUUCCACCAAAGGGAGUUGGUCAGUGAGGUAUAUCUUGAAUGCCCUGCAAUAGCUACAGAAAUUAAAAUUAUGAGGAACAGCGAAUGCAAACUCUUUUACGUGAUAACUGCUGAUGAUAACCUUAUAAUAUUAUCUAGGAGGGAUAAGCUGUGUAUUCAUCGUCUAGUGGAUAAUGUGGAAAGAUAUGAUAUUGAAGAUUCACUUUGCCAGGGCGAAGCUUUUUUAAAAAUAGUCAGAAAAGAUGAUGCAGUUCCUUUAAUUUUUGAUGAUAAUUAUGAAAGUCUUGGUGAUAAAGCCCAGCUAUUGUCUAGCAUUAGAGUUGAAGAAACUCCUCCUGUACUAAUGGACCUCAAACGAAAAUUAGUUGAGGCUAAAUACAGUGUUAAAUGUAAUGAGAGUACUUACAGGGAAUAUUUGAAUUUAAGACAGCUUGCUGCUUUUUCUAUGUACCGAAAAAUUCACCCUAACUUGGAUGAAUCUGUUUUUAAAAGUGGCUCUAAAGAAAUGGCAGGUGCUUUGAAAAUUAAAACACAUAAUCCUUGGGUUAAGCUAUGUAAUGAGAAAGUAGUCAUUGCUUUUAAUAUUAUCAAUGAAAAUGAGCAGUUGCUAGAAGAUGUACACAUACUACUUCAUGUUAAAAACAAAUCUUCAAUAGUAUACAGGACAAGAUUGUUUGAGAGACUACCAUCAUCUCCAUAUUGGAAAGAAAGAGACAGUUACACUAUUGAAGAGACAGAAGUAGCCAUUACUGCAGUUGUUGAUUUGAAAGAAAUAAAGGAGACUGUUUUGAGCAGAGUGGAUUUUACUGGUGUGCUUGUUUACCAAAGAGGUGGACAAGAAUUUUUGUUGCCAUUUGAUAAUACAGCAUUAUCAGCAAAUGACACUAUGGGAGAAGAAUUUGAUGUCUUAUCUAGUGGAGUAAUAGACGAGCAAACAAUCCUAGCAAUAUUGGCUACAACUGAAAAAACAAGUCUCAUUUUACGGCACAUUAGGAAAGAAGACGAGUCUCUAUUGGAUAUUCCUGCAGUACUAGCUUCCCAUUUACACAUGCAGCAAAAUGGGACAAAUGUCAUUGUGAACAGAACUUCGCCAUAUCAUCCUUUGAAUGGAAUUAUGUGCGUUUUUUCUGAGCCCAAAGAUCCACUGAAAAGUUGUUAUGACUUGAGCAUUCAUACAAGGUAUAAUACUGUCAAUAAUUUUCAUUAUUGUGUUCAUCAUCUUCUAACCCACAAAGCAUGUAGAAUAUGUAAAUUUGGCCUUUGAGUUUCGCGACUCUUACUUCUGUCUGCUGAAAGGAUACCUUCUCAAGUGCUGUCAUUCAUCCACUUCGUCCAUGACGCUGUACCACACAAGAUAAUCAUCACAUGUGUGAACCAUAAAGUAAUAUGUAAAACAAAGGAAUAUAACCAGUAUAAUGAAAAACUGUCAAAUAUACCUCCAAAAGUGGACUAUACCGAUUAUGCAUAUGCUAUGUUGAAUGAAACUGCUCUACUCAAAGAACAUCUGGAUUUGUGUAUGGUAAAUAUGAACAAUAGUAAAGUAGCAGAAAUAAGUAGAAAAAUUGGUACGGAAAUAGAUUUGUAUGCUGCAGGAAUGACUACUUAUUUAGAUUUUAGAAAUGAAAUGUUAAUGGAAGAGUCUAGAGGUAUAAAGAAUUUGGAUAUUAAUGAUUUCGAAAACGGUGACUGUUGAUUGUUUUUUUAUUAUUUUUAUCAUUAUAAUAUCUAAGGUUUGUUAUUUUAGAAAGAGCUUCAUUUAUUAGUCAAGUAAUAAGGAACUUGCAUAUCAACAAUAGGAUCUUCCUUUAUGACGUGCAAGCUCAUAUUACUUGACUUUUAUUUUCGAGUGGUAAUGCAUGCAACGAAACUGUGAUAUUUAAAGAAUAAAACUUGAUAUUUGAA